UUUUACUUCUUUUUACACCCCUAUUUUCUUCAGAUCCAUUUGGUGGAGUCAGAUCCGAACCACUUUGCCUCUUCUCUUGUGGCCUCAUUCAUCCACUAUGACUAUGACAACCGGAAUUGUGAAGAUGAGGAACAUGCUCAGAAUAUCUUAGCCAUAGUUAAGGAGAAAGCCCUUUGUUUGUCUGGCUGUAUGGCAUUCUGGGAUGAGUGCACAAUUCUUGCCGCCAUACUAAGUCACUUACUUGGUCUUUCUGGUCCUCCUCCAAAUGCAGUGAGACUUGCCAAGCGCAAGACACAGACACAGCUAAGUCUCUUCAAUAGCGCCUCACACACACCACCGUAUCCAUAUGCCAGGGCAUUUGCUGUGCCCAGUUUCCCUCUGGGUCCAGGAACUGGUGGAAUAGAAGCUGCAGAAUCUAUUCUUUCUUACCCUUUGGUUAUAAAACCAGAGUCUGGUGCAGGUGCUGUUGGUGUACGCUUAGUGCAGGAUGCAGAAGAGUGUAGGAAGCUAGUUAAAAAAAUGGGAGUGGAUCUCGACGAUUGUAGGCCAAAAAAUGAAACACAUAUUGUAAUAGAUGAAAGUAAAAUCUAUAAUGGUGAAGUCAGGUUAGGUUUGGGAGAAGAAAUGGUUGAGGCAGUAGUAGAGAAUGGAGAAACCAGUCUUGACGAAAGCCAACCUACCAGAGAUACUGUCCAAACUACACCCCCACCUCUCCUAGCUGAAUAUAUUACUGGUACUGAACAUGAUGUGGAUCUAGUUUUAGGUCUUAACGGCCGUCUUUUGGCUGCAUAUGUGUCUGAUAAUGGGCCAACCCUUCUUCCUGGUUUUACUGAAACAGCAGCAGCCCUUCCCUCCCGUCUGAACCAAGAAAGACGCUGCCAAUUAGUUCAGGCUGCAUUGCGCAGUUGCCAGGCACUAAGCCUUUAUCCUGGGGUUUUCAAUGUGGAGCUUAAACUGACUGAAUCUGGUCCAAGGUUACUAGAAAUUAAUCCUCGCAUGGGUGGGUUUUAUUUACGAGACUGGAUUCGCCAUAUCUAUGGCACUGACCUGGUGCUUGUGGCUCUGGCACUGUCAUGUGGCAUUGAGCCAGCAUUGCCUGAAAAAGGUGCCCAAGAGGCUACAGUACUUGUUGGGCUGAUGUGUAUAGGACAGUCUCAUGAGGAAGCUUUAAGUAGCACAGCAAAUCCACAGAGGUUGGCGGAGCUUCAUAAUGCUGGGCACAUCCGCUUCAACCGCCUAGAGGGAAAUUUAGUGCAUGGACCAGAUCAGGAACCUUAUGGCAAUGUGGCCUGUGAGGGAAACAAUCAGAAGGAAGCUAGGCAGAGACUUCUUGGGGUAUGCUCAGUGCUGGGAUUUGACAAGCAGAACUAUCCAGUACCAUAUUUAACUGGAGAGUUUCAAUGAGAAAUCCAUU